AGAAUAUGCAGACAUGGCUAGAUGGGAGGAGCUACCGUGUGAUUUGAUAAUAGCAAUUAGCCAACGUCUUGAAUCAUAUGUUGAUUAUGUCCGAUUAGGUGCUAUAUGUUCAUCAUGGAAUUCUGCCAUACCAAAGAGCCCUACUCAUCUAUUCAAGCAAAUACCGUGGCUAAUGUUACCUUUUGAUGAUGAGACACAAACAAGUCGCGGUUUCUAUAGCAUCCUUGAUGACAAGGUAUAUCACUUGGAGCUAUCGGAGACUAGAGGCAAGCUCUUUCGUGGAUCUUGUUAUGGGUGGCUGGUAAUACUUGAAAUGAGUCCGGCACUUUGUCUUUUCAAUCCUCUCACCAAGUUUAAAAUCACUCUUCCUCCUCUGGACACCUUUCCUGAUAUGAAGAGUUACUGUCCUGAUGACAAAGAUAAAGAAUAUACUAUAAUUAAUUGUCUGCACGGGGUAACAAGGCAGUGGAGUCAAGCUUACAUGCGAGAGGUGUACAUUAAGAAGCUUGUAUUAUCCUCACCUCCACAUGAUGAUUAUUUGGCAAUAGCAAUAUUUGGUGAGCACCGCUGUUUGGCAUUUUGCAAGCGCAAUGACAACAAAUGGACAGCAGCAGAAACAUGUAAUCGACAUGGUUUUGAGGAUGUUAUCUUCUACAAAGACAAGAUUUAUGCUUUAGAGUCUUAUGGCGAGCUGCUAAUUUCUGACACGACUUCAUUGCCAAAAUUUUCAUUGAUUGAAGCAAAAAUACCCCGUUUGAGGAAUUAUACUGAGUUAAAUUUGGUCGGAUCUAAUAAUGGCCUGAUGAUGGUGGAAAGGUAUUACAUUUAUGAUGAUGAUGAUGAACCUGAUGGUGAUGAAUCUGAUGAAGUGGUGCACUACAAAACGUCUAGAUUUAAGAUUUACUUGCUAAAAUCCAAGUCAGGCGAAGAAAUGCUCAAGUGGUCUAAGAUUACACAUUUAGGUGAUAACGUGAUGUUUUUAGGGUAUAAUGCCUCAGUCCUGAUACCAAAUGUAGGUGUUCCAAAACUUAAAAGAAAUUGCAUCUACUACACCGAUUUUCAGAUAGAAUGUUGGCAGGAGGAUUAUUUUGGUGGUUUUGAUUUUGGCAUCUUCAACUUGGGCGAUGGGAGAAUCAAAGAAUUUGGAGAACUCAAUCUCAGUAGCGAAUAUGUUUCGACUCCACCAUUAUGGGUAGUGCCGAAUCCUUGAAUACUGUAGAAAAAACAUCGUUAAGCUCC